UCCACGUCAGUGUGUUUACUAAGAGCAGAGUGACAGCUGGAAGGUGUAGACUUUACUGACCUGUCGAGCAUUUUUAAGCGAAUGAAGAGCCGGUGUUUGGGAAUAUUUCGCUAUCGCACUGUGGGAUGUCCGACCUUUUUGCUUUGUUUCAUUGCGGAGACUGAACUGAACUCUGGUCUUUUUCAUUCACUCUUGGCCGGCUAGCCUACUAGCUUACCGAGCAAGGCUAGCAUUAGCUAUAGAAGGACUUCAUCUGCGAUACAACCGCCCUAGACAGGAAGCAGCAUGGUGGAUAAGAACAUCUACAUCGUCCAGGGUGAAAUUAGCACCGUUGUUGGAGCCAUAAAGAGGAACUCCAGAUGGAAUACCCACACUCCACUAGACGAAGAACAGGACCCAUUACUCAACAGCUUUGGCAAUCUCAAGGACAUCCUGAACACCAUAAAAGAGCUGUCAGAUGUUGAACCCAAUAUUUUCCUGAGGCCUUUCCUAGAAGUCGUGCGCUCCGAGGACACCACUGGACCAAUCACAGGCCUUGCUCUUACCUCUGUCAACAAGUUCCUGUCUCACGGCCUUAUAGAUGCUAGCCACGAGGCAGCAGCGGAGGCCAUUGAGAACAUGGCGGACGCCGUCACGCACGCUAGAUUUGUAGGAACAGACCCGGCCAGUGAUGAAGUUGUCCUUAUGAAAAUUCUACAGGUCCUGAGGACUUUGUUGCUGACACCAGUGGGAGCCCACCUGACCAACGAGUCUGUUUGUGAGAUCAUGCAGUCCUGCUUCAGGAUCUGCUUUGAGAUGCGUCUGAGUGAGCUCCUCAGGAAGACGGCUGAACAUACACUGGUCGACAUGGUGCAGCUGUUAUUCUCCAGACUCCCCCAGUUCAAAGAGGAGGCCAAGAGUUAUGUUGGUGCUAACAUGAAGAAGGCUUACAAUAUCUUGUGGAAAAACAAACGUGUGCAGCUGAAGAUGCGUGCCGGUGGCAUGAGCGAGUCAUCUAAAUGGAAGAAACAGAAACGUUCUCCGCGGCCGCCUCGGCACAUGGUCCGUAGUUCCUCCGGUCAGAUGGAACCAAGCCAGCCCAGCACGCUCAACAACAACCUCUCGGGUGGUGUCCCGUUCAUGGAGGAGGGCUUGUCCAAUCCCAGCCUUCCUGUCUCAGACAGCUCUGCCUCAUCUAUCUGCAGCCCAACAGCCACUGACAGCGGCCUGGACACCUGCUCAAAAACUACUUCCAGGGAAGACCUUUCUGACCUGGAUCAGUGCAGCUCUGCAUCAACCGCUGGUGCAGCCAUUGCACUCACAGGGACUGAGUCUGGCUCUACAGAUGCACAGUUUGAGGGCCAGCAGGCUGAACCAGCACCGUCAGCCUCAGUGGAGUCCAUCCCUGAGGUUCUGGAGGACAAAGACUCCAUUACAGAGCAGUCAGACAGUGCCUCUGUCCAUGAUAUGGAUUACGUCAACCCCAGAGGCGUCCGCUUCACACAGUCCACGCAAAGAGAUGGAGCAUCCCUCAUCCCGUAUGGCCUGCCGUGUCUCAGAGAGCUGUUUCGUUUCCUGAUUUCACUGACCAACCCUCAUGACCGCCACAACACUGAUGCUAUGAUGCACAUGGGGCUGCAGCUGCUGACUGUAGCCCUGGAAUCAGCACACAUCCCUAACUACCAGUCCUUGUUAGUGCUGGUCAAAGACGAGCUCUGUCGACACCUGUUCCAGCUGCUGAGUGUGGACCGUAUGAACCUGUAUGCUUCAUCCAUACGGGUUUGCUUCUUGCUCUUUGAAAGCAUGAGAGUGCACCUGAAGUUUCAGCUGGAGAUGUACCUGAAGAAGCUCAUAGACAUCAUCACUUCAGAGAACAUUAAGAUGCCCUACGAGAUGAAGGAGGUGGCUCUGGAGGCACUGGUCCAGUUAUGGAGGAUCCCCAGUUUUGUCACUGAGCUCUACAUUAACUAUGACUGUGACUUUUACUGCUCCAACCUCUUUGAAGACCUCACCAAGCUGCUGUCUAAGAACGCGUUUCCCGUGUCGGGGCAGCUGUACACCACCCACCUCCUGUCACUGGAGGCGCUGCUCACAGUGAUCGACAGCAUCGAAGCUCACUGCCAGGCCAGGGUGCUAAGCAGCAUAGCUCAGCAAGACCAAGCAGAGACUGCGCUGGCAGACGGAGAGGGUGCAGCCAAAGCUGAAACAGACUCUGCAGCUGAUGUUAGUAGACUUGGCAGUACCAAUGGUUUGAGUCCCUCGCAGCCUGAAAAAGCACCAGUGUAUCCUCCAACCAGUGGACAUCUAAUGGCUGAGAAGAUGAGGCUGGGCAGACAGGAUCAGGGAGACGGCGACCUUUCUGAGAAGAGAAGUCUGAAAAAGCCUCAGCGUUUCUUGUCCUGUUUACCUGAUUCACACGAGCUAAUGGAAAUUAGAACAAAGAAAAAGCUGCUGAUCACAGGCACGGAGCAGUUUAACCAGAAGCCCAAGAAAGGCAUCCAGUUCCUCCAGGAGAAAGGCCUCCUCAGCAGCCCCAUAGACAACAACCAGGUGGCCCAGUGGCUGAGAGAAAACCCCCGACUGGACAAGAAAAUGAUUGGCGAGUACGUCAGCGAUCGGAAGAACCCAGAACUCCUGGACAGCUUUGUGAACACAUUUACCUUCCAGGGGCUUCGUAUUGACGAGGCCCUGCGGCUCUACCUGGAGGCCUUCAGAUUACCUGGAGAGGCUCCUGUCAUUCAGAGACUCCUGGAAACGUUCACAGACAACUGGCAUAAAGUCAACGGCUUUCCUUUCAUGAGCAACGAUGCUGGCUUCGCCCUGGCCUACGCUGUCAUCAUGUUGAACACUGACCAGCAUAACCACAAUGUCCGCAAGCAGAACAUCCCCAUGACCGUAGAGCAAUUCAAGAAAAAUCUAAAGGGAGUCAACGGAAACAAAGACUUUGACCAGGACAUGUUGGAGGAUAUCUACAAUGCUAUCAAAAACGAGGAGAUUGUGAUGCCGGACGAGCAGACGGGUUUAGUGAAGGAGAAUUAUGUGUGGAGCGUCUUACUGCACCGCGGCGCCUCGUCCGAAGGCGUCUUUCUCCACCUGCCGCCCGGCAGCUACGACAAUGACUUGUUCACCAUGACAUGGGGCCCCACUAUCGCUGCACUCUCCUAUGUCUUUGACAAGAGCCUCGAUGAUGUCAUCAUCCAGAAGGCCAUCACUGGCUUCAGGAAAUGUGCGAUGAUUGCAGCUCACUAUGGCUUCAAUGACGUGUUUGACAAUUUGAUCAUCUCCCUCUGCAAGUUCACCACUCUGAGCAGCGAGUCUGUGGAGAAUCUUCCCACCGUGUUUGGCAGUAACAGUAAGGCCCAGACAGCCGCCAAGACGGUGUUCGACCUCGCUCAUCGGCAUGGCAACAUCCUGAGGGAGGGCUGGAAGAACAUCGUGGACUCGCUGCUGCAGCUGUUCAGAGCUGAACUGCUGCCCAAAGCCAUGGUUGAGGUGGAAGACUUUGUAGAGCCCAAUGGGAAGAUUUCUCUUCAGAGAGAGGAAACCCCUUCAAAUCGUGGCGAGUCAGCAGUGCUAAGUGUUUUCAACUGGCUGACGCUUAGUGGAGCCGAGCAGUCAGGACUCAGAGGACCGUCCACAGAAAACCAGGAAGCCAAACAGGCUGCUGUCCACUGCAUCAAGCAAUGUGACCCAGAAAAGCUGAUCACCGAGAGCAAGUUCCUGAAGCUGGAGUCUCUACAAGAGCUCAUGAAGGCUCUGAUAUCAGUCACCCCAGAUGAAGAGACGUAUGAUGAAGAGGAUGCUGCCUUCUGCCUGGAGAUGCUGCUGCGCAUUGUUCUUGAGAACCGAGACCGUGUGUCCUGUGUGUGGCAGACGGUGCGCGACCACCUUUGCCAGCUCUGCGUUCAUGCUAAUGAGAGCUGCUUCCUGGUGGAACGAGCUGUGGUGGGACUCCUUCGACUUGCAAUUCGCCUGCUACGACGAGAAGACAUCAGCUCGCAGGUUCUUCUCUCCCUCCGCCUCUUGCUGAUGAUGAAGCCCCAUGUCCUCUCCCGGGUCAGCAGGGAGGUGGCUUAUGGCCUUCAUGAGCUGCUGAAGACUAAUGCAGCCAAUAUCCACUGUACAGAUGACUGGUACACGCUCUUUUCACUGCUGGAGUGCAUCGGAGCUGGAGUGAAACCUCCUGUCGCCUUCCAGCUUACCUCGGCCACAGCUGACACUGACACAGGUGCCCAGUCAGACAGUGAGCUGUCGUCUCAUCAUCCCAGUGAAGUGAGCUUAGACCGAGGCUACACAUCGGACUCGGAGGUCUACACUGAGCACAGCAAGACCAGGAUCCCACGCUCGGCCACUGAUGUGGAUGUAGCCAGCAGUGGAUGGCUCGUGGUUGGGAAAGAUGACUUUGAGAUAAGUAAGACCCCCACAGUCGGGUCAAAGGCUCAGCUGAAUCACCCACUGGUCAACCAGUACAGUCUGACACUGGGUCAGGACCUUGGCCAGCACGACACAAAGUCUCUCAUCAAGUGUGUGGAGACGCUUUCUUUCAUCGUUCGAGACGCCGCCCACGUCACGCCUGACAACUUUGAGCUGUGUGUCAGAGCGAUACGAGUGUUUGUGGAGGCCAGCCUCAAUGGAGGUUACCGCAACCACGACAAGAAGAAGAGCCACAAAUAUGACACCUCCAAGUCUCGGAUGAGGAAGAAGGCAGGCGGCAGGGAGAAGGACAGCGGAGGCAGCGUGAGGCGAAGCAGCAGCAGGACCUUCAGCCAGCGCCCAUCACGUUCCUACAGUGAUGAUGAGGAGGAUGAGGGUGUCCCAGCCAGUUACCACACGGUGUCAUUACAGGUUAGUCAGGACCUCUUAGAUCUGAUGCACACCUUGCACACCCGGGCUGCCAGCAUCUACAACUCCUGGGCAGAGGAGCAGUGCCAUCUGGAGGCCUCCAGCAGGAAGAUUGAGGCUGAUUCUCAGACUUUGUGGACCAGCUGCUGGUGCCCCCUGCUGCAAGGGAUUGCUUGGUUGUGCUGUGAUGCCAGGCGACCGGUUCGCAUGCAGGCCCUCACCUACCUCCAGAGGGCACUGCUUGUUCAUGAUCUGCAGACACUUGAUGCAAUUGAAUGGGAGUCCUGUUUCAACAAGGUGCUUUUCCCCCUGCUGACUAAGCUGCUUGACAACAUUAGCCCAGCAGAUGUUGGUGGUAUGGAGGAGACCAGAAUGAGAGCCUGCACGCUGUUGUCAAAGGUUUUCCUACAGCACCUCUCUCCUCUGCUGUCCCUGCCUACCUUUGCUGCCCUCUGGCUCACCAUUUUGGACUUCAUGGAUAAGUACAUGCAUGCUGGAUCAAGUGACUUGUUGUUGGAAGCCAUCCCUGAGUCUUUGAAGAACAUGCUGCUGGUUAUGGACACAGCAGGCAUCUUCCACAGUGCUGACUCUAGGACAGGAUACUCUGACCUGUGGGAAAUAACUUGGGAAAGAAUUGUCUGUUUCCUGCCUUUAUUGAGGGAGGAGCUCUUCAAACAGACUAUCAUACCAGAUGCAGUACCCAAUCCUCAAGCAGAGUCUGUGCAGCUGACAACCCCAGCAGGCCGGCCCCCAUCGCCUCAGGUGUCUCCACCUCCCAUGCAAACACCCGCCCAAGCCCCAGUAAACUCUACAGUGGCUCAAAGCUCCAGCAGGCCGGCCUCACCACUGGAGCCUCCACCAGCCAGUGCCAACGGAUCAGGCCGAUCAUCUCCGGCCCCCCCCUUGAUUCCUCCCAUGCCAGUGCCAUUAACAACCUCUCCUGUCCAGGGUCCUUCACCUUUAGGCCAGUCCCCCCUCAUUCUGCAGCCCCUUGCUUCUCCUCUGCAGGUGGGAGUCCCACCCAUGUCCCUGCCAAUCAUUCUUAAUCCCGCCCUCAUAGAGGCCACAUCCCCUGUACCACUGCUUCCUGCUCCCAGAUCGACAACUCCUUCCGACGAGGUCCAGUAAAGUCCAGCUGCCCCCCAGCCAUGCUGUUCUCUCCUUAACAACUGGAAGAGCUGCAGCUUAAGAUGGGACAUGGAGUAGUACCGCAUUUAAAGGAGAAAUCCUCCAGAAUGGAAACCUGGUGACACCGAUAAAAACUCAGCACUGAUGUUAUUGUAGGAAAAACCCAACAGGUUAAGGUUGGUUUAGAAGCCACGCGCAGUCUUUGAGAGGUUAGUGCGACCCACUGAGAGCAAUUUACUGAUUCCACAAUUUUCAGCAGUGUUCACCGUGCAUAUAUUUUAAGUCAGGCAGUAAUUUUAAACCCACAGAUCGAACUUAUCCCCAUUGAUUUAUAUUUGUGUUUUUUACUGUUGUAAGUCUGUAAACGGAUGAACAACACAGCGUGUUAGUUGUUCUCUUUGAACUCGGUGGGUGAUGGGUUCAGAAAGCUGACUUUGAUUACUAUUUAUUGUUUUUAAAAUAAAUAGUACAGAUGUGUUAAGGACUGUUUCUAAGAGGUUUGUAGUGCCAAUGAUGAUCGUCUGCUUGAGUCGUGAUGCACACAGUGGCUGUCCAGGGGUCAGACUGUGCCUCACUGCUUUGUUUUAACAGUUUUUACAUAAGAAUGGAGCCGUACAGACGAAAACACACUGCACAUCCUGUAUAUUUGACACACACACUGCUUAUUCAGUGCCAGACUGUGUCGUUUGGCUCUGGAUAUCAGCAAACAGAGCUCCGUCUUGUAAAUAGCUUCUGAGUGAAGUGUUUUCAUUGCCCCACCUCAUCGUCAGGAUUAGCUUCAUGUUGGGAGUGAUGAAAACAUUUCAUCUAGACUGAGCACUGUUGUGUUUUUACAUCAGAAACACCUGCAGGAGUCCUCUCUUCGCCCCAGGCUGAACUCAUAUCUUUGCUCAUAUAUGUCUAUGCUUCACAACAACCUAAAGAUAAGAAGGACAGUGAGUUGUGAGGAUUAUAUGAUCUGCAUGUUUUAAGAUUCCCAGAGCCUUGGCUACAGUCUGAUGUUGCAGAAGGCAUGACAACAUCAGCAUGUGUAAAAUGGCCAAGUUCGAUUCAUCGUUUUGCCCCAAGCUUGCAUCUCAUAACCUUCAACAAGCAGCAAAUGGAGGCGUAAACAUUCCAGUGUCAGUCUGUAGUGAGCACGCUCUGCACAGGAACUGCUCUGGUACAGGAGCUCGCCACGCCGUCACGUCACCUUCUCCUGACUUGCAUCUUUGAUUUGACAGACUCGUACGAAACAUCUGAAGUUUGCAGCAUCGUGCCAGAGAGGAAUCACACAUGUAGACCGGUGGUUUUCUUGUUGUUCUCCUUUAUUUAUCCAGGUAAAAGGCUCACUGAGAUUACAGUCUCUUUUCCAGAGAGAGGUUGCCAACAGAAGUUAAAACAUUUCCACAACACGUCCUCAGUUUAAGUCAGCUGCUCCUCUUUGCUUCCAUACAUGUGCUGGCUCAUUGGUUAAAUGACCAUCUGAUGUCAAAUUGACUGGAAACCAUUCACAGCAGUCCUGGGCUUCUCUCACGGAUGUUUUGUGUUAUUUAUUGAAAGUGGACUGAGCUGCUGCAGUACGAUGGCAUAGAUGCAGUGUAUGUGUGUCAGUCAGGUAACACUACGGCCUUAUAGAGCCACCAACAUGUAAGCUGAGUGUUUAUUUGUUGGAUGGCAUCGUAGAUUUAUCAGAAGCUGAUUGUGACUUGAACAGGAAAUUCCGUGAAUAUAAUGUCUAAUGUAUAUAAAUGAAAGGUAAUGUACUUUUUACUAUGUAAUAAAUAUGUUGUAAGAAAGUG